AUGGCGGAGAUCGGUGUUUUGUCUCACUUUAAUGAAAAGAGGAAAGUAAAACCAUAUCUUAUUGUGUUGUGUUGCACAGAGUCCCAACCAAUAUCAGAGUGUCAGUCAUCCACGACCACACCAGACAUCACUACUAGUGAGGUGGAGUGUUCCACACCCUCAGUUAAAGAAGUGAUUGGAGCCGUUGGUGUCAGGCAGGAGUCAUCUGUGGAGAAUAAUGCAGCUAUUGCCAGUGACUCCCAACCAAGAUCAGAGUGUCAGUCAUCCACGACCACACCCAACAUCACUGCUUGUGAGAGUGUUACACCCUCUGCUAAAGAAGUUAUAGGAGAUAUUGGUGUCAGGCAGGAGUCAGCUACGUUAUUCUCCACAGAUGGGUCCAUUGAGUCCCAACCAAUAUCAGAGUGUCAGUCAUCCACGACCACACCAGACAUCACUACUAGUGAGGUGGAGUGUUCCACACCCACAGUUAAAGAAGUGAUUGGAGCCGUUGGUGUCAGGCAGGAGUCAUCUGUGGAGAAUAAUGCAGCUAUUGCCAGUGAUUGGAGGUAUUGGUGUCAGGCAGGAGUCAGCUGCGUUACUUUCCACAGAUGUGGCCAGUGCUAGGCGGUGUAUGAAGAGGCCGUGGACGCAGGAGGAGACUGAUGCGGUCUUCAAACACAUGAAAGUUUUUAUUGAAAAUGGGUUGACAGUUACUAAGGAGUAGUGCAAUUAUUGCAAGAAUAAAGAAGCUCCUAUCCUGGACAACAGAA